CUAACUUCCUCUGUUCUGCUUCAUCCCCACGCCAUCUCUCUCUCUCUCUCUCUCUCUCUCCACCCCUCAGUGUGCUUCGUCUUCUCCAUAUCAUAUGGCUGAUUACAGAGAUAUCCCUAUUCGAUCAGAUGAGACAGCCAUGGCUGCUCAUAGCAACAUCAUGAACAGCAACAAUCAAAACCCUUAUAUCAACGUUACUACAAUUCCCACUUCCCCUGCUAACUACAAGACUUCUAAUCAUAUGAAUACUAUACACGGUGUGUUAAAUCAGUGUGGCAAGACUUUUAAGAAGGCAACUAAGCAAGCUGACAAUUUCUGGAAACACAUCAGGUUGGGCUCAAAUCCAGCUGAUGCGGCAAUGGCUAGACUUGUUGAAGGAACAAAAGUGCUGACAUAUGGAGGGUAUGAUAGAGUAUUUGAGAAUACAUUUGGGAUAAUGCAAGGAGAGAAGCUGUUAAAGCAAUAUGCUUGUUACAUAUCAACCUCCACUGGACCUUCAAUUGGAACACUCUACAUAUCAACAAAAAGAUUAGCUUUUUGCAGUGACUAUGCACUCCGUUAUUACCCAGUCUCACCUCAUAAUAGUCAAUCCAUAUACUACAAGGUGGUAGUUCCAAUAGAACAGUUGAGCAGGGUGAGUCCUUGCUCAAGUAAAUGGAACCCUUCAGAAAAAUACAUAGAGGUUGUCACAGUGGAUGGCUCUGAAUUCACUUUCAUGGGUUUUAUGGCAUAUGACAAGGCUCUCAACACUCUCAGUGAGGCCUUUCAACGUCGCACCCAUUCCACUGGAAAUUGAAUGCUCUCUUGUUGUAACAAUGUACUUGCCUCAUAAAAACACACUAAUUUAUUAAGUGUAAGGGAUUUGAUGUUUCUUUAAGAAUUUUGCAUCUGGUUGAUGUCUUAGUUAUGUUUUAUUUUAUAUGAAAUAUGUCAUUAUUGGUUGGUUAAA